AUGGGCCUCUUCGGCAGUAGCAGCCGCCAGGGCAAGUGCACCCCCGGCGCCUCAUCCUCCCGUGCUCCUCCUCCCCCUCCUCCGCCGCUGGCGCGCGUCCACCCAGGUCGCCGGCGUCUGCGCAUCCCGGUGCACCAAGCGCGGUGGCACUGGGAGCACAGGCAGCCGCUGCCUUACCCCGAUGUGACGCUGCUGCACCACCGGCACCUCGAUCCGCACCGGAUCCCAGAGCCGGCGGUUCCGCAGACACAGCGGGCGCACGAUGAGGAGGUGCGCAGGUGCCGGGCGCAGCUCACGCCGGCGCAGCGGCGGAUGCCCGAGUAUGCCGCCGACUCUCCCAACUGGGAGGCCUGGUUUGCCCUCGAACACGAGGAGCAAUGGAGGCUAGGCGUCGAUGCCAACCCGCAGUUUCCACUGCCGCCCCCGCGGGUAGAGCCGGAGGAAAUGGAGGCUGAGGCGGAGUACCAAGCCGCCCUCGAGCAGGCCCUGCAGCACGCGCUGGAGGCUAGCCGGAUCGACGAGGACGCGCAUUGGGAUGGGUUGGAGCAAGCCCUUGCCUUCUCGACGGCGGGGGACUUCGUCCACACCCCGCUCUUCGUCCCGCCUCCACCGCCGCCGCCGCCGUCGUCGAGCCCAAGCCGGAUCCGGAGCCAAUGCGCCACCGCGCCCGUCCGCGUUCACCACGGCCGCGUCGGCCACGCGCUGCAUCGCCCCGGCCGCGCUCACCGCGGCCCCGCCCCACCCAGCGCUCGCGCCGUCCGCUUCGGCCCCCGCCGCAGCCGCACCCUGUGCGCGCCGCCCGCCCGUGCUGCGCCCCUGCUCGCGGUGCGCGCCCCACCUGGCGAGCCCUCCCCGCGCCCCUCGCUGCCCAGCCUCGCAGGCGCUGCUGCAGCUCGCCGGACCCGCCGCUCGCCUCCGCCCCGCUCCAAGGUGCCCGCUGCUGCUCCUCUGCCACCUGCGCCCGCCGCCGCCGCGCUGGCCGCCUCCACCGCGCCCCCUUGUCGCCAUCCUAGCCCGGCCCCGCGAGCGCACGUCCCCUGCCUCCCUGCGUCGCCGGUGCCCCGCCGUGCCUCGCCAGUCCCGCCCCCACGGCUGGCCUAG